GUACCUUUAGAGUACUUUUACUCGACCUCGUUUUUCACUCAAUAACUCAUUUUCCUCUCAAUUUUCUUAAUUUUUUAGUAGAGAUUGGUAUUUUUUUAAAUUUUUGGUUGCCAUUAUUGGUUGAUCGGACAGGUCAGGUUUAAAAAUGCAUCAAAUCGAAUUUCAGUACAUUACCUACCAAGGUAGCUGUCAGCUGAAUUACACUUAUAGCCGCUCAUCGACAUGUACACAAUCAAAAUAAUUAAUAAAAUUAAAAUUAAACAUAUCAUUCAUAUAGAGUGUGUACCUAGCGAGGUCCGGAAUCCACCAUAGGUGGAUAGCCAACUUGAUAAUUCACUACUCACGUUAUCACAACCACAAGCGAGUCUCAUAUAGAGCUAGCAUUUUUAAAGGUCAAAGAAGUACAUAUUAUGUAAGUUGACGGAAGGGGAAAAAAUGCAAAUGAAAUUUGAAGAGUUGAGGUCGGCCAAGUUCCACAUUCCGACUAUAUUUUCAAAAUGGGUUGAAACAUGGCCGGCGUUGAAAAGACACGCGUCUACGCCGAACGUGGGCACGAAUUGUCGUCAAUCAGCCGCAGCAGGAGACUCCGAAAACUAUCAGCAUUUGUCCACCCCGGCCGUGCAACCCUGCAAUCCUCGUGAGCUGUCCAACGUGCUGCAACAGAACGGGCCAUCAUCCAGUCCACUGGACCACGAGGUGUCUGUUGUGAAGUACGUGGGAUACAACACGUCGCUGUAGGAGAACG